AUGUUUGUUUUUUGGGGAAAUCACAAGUUCCUUAUUUUGGAUGUAUGUAAUGCUGGGUCUGCUGGUUUGCACCAAAGUGACUUAAAUUCCCUCUCGGGCCCUAUGGGCUCAGGUGAAGGCGCAGAUGCAGAGCAGGGCCCUGCUACUCAGGACGCACUGGAUGGACUGGAUGGGCUGACAUGUGAAAAAAUUGGUGACAGGACUCACUUUUCUGCAAUGUUUGUUAAACGUGCAGAUGCAUUGGCGGAGUGCAAAUUAUGCGGCAAAAUUGUGACUAACAUGAAAAACCACUACCUUGUUCACAACCCAGGUCAUCACCGGUGUGUAGUGUGCGGUGCUGAGUUCACUAGAAUGGACAGCCUCAAACGUCAUGUUAGGAAAAGUCAUGAUCUAUUCCCUGAACAUUUUAUGUGA